AUGCUUAUCAAUGGACCAACAGAGUGGAGCAAGGCGUGGUUUGCGACGGGCAUUAAGACCAAUCUGUUACAUAAUGGAUUCAACUCGAAGUUGCAAGCUUCAGCAAUGACGCUUGGCCCGAGAGUUGUCAUCAUGCAAUUCAAAGAUACUGAUACUAGCAUGAGUUCUAGGGAAUGUGUCUUAGACCAACCAAUUGAGACUUUGGUCAUUCAUGGAGACGAUAUGAACAAUGAUGAUGUAUCGUUACGUUAUCGGCUUGUUGCUUGGUCUGAAGGAUCAAAAACGAAAAGCCUGCUGGCGAUUGCUUCAUCAAAUCAAGUCGAAAUAUGGGAGGUUAUUAUGACAAGUGGUAUCUCUGUAAUUUUGAAGGGCUGUGUGGACAUCUAUGAUCUGCAAGGAAUAUCUUGGAGCCCCUGUAAUGACGUUUUGCUCGCCUUCUCCAAGACCGACAUUAUGUUGAUUGAUGCUUCACAAGUAGUAUUAUCGUGGCGUGAAGUUUACACAGAUAGUGAUAGCACGCGACGAGCAUGGAGUGCGAAUUCGUGGAGUCCUUGUGGAUUACAAGUGUCAAUAGCGCGACAUGAUGUCCUUCAUUGUUUUUAUUGGACAACUGUCGAAUCCUUACUCUCGGAAUCACCGCAACAUGACCGAAUAGAUGCAAACUCUCACUUAAAAGGCAUCCAGGAUAGUGUCGGUCCAAUUUCUGAUGUUGCCCGUGUGUCUCCAACUGUCUGCAUUCUUACGACGGACACAAGAUUGGUUCUGGGAGACAUCACGCGUGCGGGCUUCGCGAUUGCGUCUGAAAGUAUAAAACCCGAUUCAAGUGGGACAGGGACUGUAUCGAGCUUGUUUGUACGACCGGCAAGAUCAUAUUGUCAAGAUGUCCAAGAGUACGGGUUGACUUCGUCUAGCGAUAUCAUUGAUUUGACUUCUAUGCGCGUUUCGACCAGUUCUGUACAAAAUCCGCUUCUUAUUCUAAACCGCGUUGAGGAUACUACACCUCGCAAAAACGUGCCUCAUGUAGAGCCCCGCUCGCACUUGCUGAUUGUUGAAUACAAAGAUAGGAGGUGGAACAUCAGUUCGAUCCUCAAUCUCCCGUAUUUAACCACGCCUGACGUCCUCUUUGUCCAGGCGAUGCGAGUCAUUAUUGGUAGCACCUUGUCCGCGCGUCUGCUUAUUGUGCAUAUGGGUAUUUCCGGUCGCUCGGAGUGGACAGCUUCGCUAUCUGGUGAACUGGAGCUGCCACCCAUGCACGUAUGCAGAGGCCUUUACAUUGCCAAGAAGUCCUCGUUUGUGAGCGUCGCCUCCACUGAGAAGCGCAAGCGCGGACCAUUUUUCCAUGCUGUUACAAACCUGGAACCAUUACCAGUCUAUCUGUCCAAGCUCAAGGUGCCAUCGCAUGCACGAUUUGAACCUAUUUCGCGUCGCGCUGCGCCUGCCCCUGCGCACGCUCAGGCUGCUCCCGCUCCAGCUCACCAGAGCAGCAGUGGUGGCGGGUUGAUGAGCGGCCUCAUGAGCACGGUGGCUCAAGGUAUGGCCUUUGGUACUGGCAGCGCUGUCGCUCAUCGUGCCGUGGGUGCCGUAGCUGGAUCGUUUUCGGGAAGCUCUGAGGCUCCGCAACAGCAGCAGAGCGCCUUGGCCUCACACGAAAACCAGGCCGCACAGCCGCCACAGGAGAAUCAGUGCGGCGCUGACCAAAAGGCCUUCCUGGAGUGCCUGAAUUCUAACAGCAACGACAUAAGCUCGUGCCAGUUUUACCUUGACCAGUUCAAGCAGUGCCAGUUGAAUCAGUCGAGCACUUUCAUGUAG